AUGAAAGCUAUAACCCAAGCAGUCCUCGAUAACAAAGCUGAUCUUGGAAUUAUCUUUGAUACUGACGUGGACAGAUCUGCUGCUGUGGAUUUCACUGGCCGUGAGUUCAACCGGAAUCGAUUGAUUGCCUUAAUGGCAGCUAUUGUUCUUGAGGAACAUCCUGGAACAACUAUUGUCACAGACAGUGUGACUUCUGAUGGGCUUACUACCUUUAUCGAGAAGAAACUUGGUGGCAGACACCAUCGGUUCAAGAGAGGCUACAAAAAUGUGAUUGAUGAAGCUAUUCGUUUGAAUUCUAUAGGAGAGGAGUCACAUUUGGCAAUUGAAACCAGUGGACAUGGAGCACUCAAGGAGAAUCACUGGCUUGAUGAUGGAGCAUACCUAAUGGUCAAGAUCUUAAAUAAACUUGCUUCUGCAAGAGCUUCUGGAAAUGGUGGUGGAAGCAAGGCUUUGACUGAUCUAAUAGAAGGACUUCAGGAACCAGCUUUUUCUGUAGAAUUGAGAUUAAAAAUAAAUCAAAUCCAUCCAGAUCUUAAAGGAGGAUCGUUUCGGGAAUAUGGAGAAGCUGUGCUGAAACAAUUGGAGAGCUCAAUUGGCUCUGAUCCAAAUUUGCACAAGGCUCCUGUGAACUAUGAAGGGGUCCGAGUUUCUGGCCAUGGUGGAUGGUUCCUUCUUCGGCUAUCACUCCAUGAUCCUGUACUUCCCCUUAAUAUUGAGGCACCUAGUAGAGACGAUGCUGUGAAGCUCGGACUUGCUGUGCUUGCAGCUGUAAAGGACUUUGCAGGUUUAGACAUAUCAGCCUUGAACAAAUUUGUUGGAGCAUCCUAA